AAAAAGAGAAGCAAGAAGAUAGUGGAAAAAAUGAAAGAGAAUAAGGGAGAAGUUGGAUCGAAUAAGAUGGGAGGAGGAAAUUGACAAGGAAAUUGAAAUAAACAAAGUAAAGAAAAGCAUUGCUAUUGAAACAGACACGAAAAAACAAAAACAAAAAAAAAAUUUGCUUAUCUCACUCUCCAUUGGAGAGUGUCAACGCCAUGUGGCUUAUAAGGAGGUAAUAAAUUUACUUGAACAAGAAUAAGAGGGUAUUAGGACAUUUUUAAAGUUAGAAGUAUCUUUUGAAAAAAGUGUAAUAGUUGGAGGGGGUAAUUAUUGUCUCGUUUAAACAAAGACUCGGCAUAGACUCACAAGUCAGUCUUCCCACUGUACGGAAAAAAGAGAAGAUCUUCCCGUUGUUAAAUAUCAACCAAUGAAAGCAAAUGAGUUAAUUACAAGAUCAUACAAGGAAGACCUUCGAUAGUCCAGAAAAUCAUUAGAGAUGGAUUCUACCUUGUACAAAGCUGCGAGAGAUGGUAACUUUCUACAUCUUCAGCUAAUCAAGGAUGAAGAAGCAGGGCAGGAAGCCACUCCACAAGGCAACACCAUUCUCCACAUUGCAGCCCUCUAUCGCCACUCGGAAUUCGUCCAAAAAGUCCUUACGAUAACCCCGCAAUUGUUACGCCAUCAGAACAAGAAAAAAGAAACUGCACUUCACAUAGCUGCUAAUGAAGGGCACACUGAUGUGGUGCGCGUGCUACUAAAUUGCGAAACAGAUAGAGAGCACCUAAUACGGAUGACAGAUGGAGUUGGAGAUACGGCUCUACAUAAGGCCGUCAGAAAGCAUCACAUAGAUGUUGUAAAGCUCCUGCUAAUAAAAGAUCCGGACUUCCAAUUCCAGCCAAACAAUGCAGGCAAGACGCCACUUUAUCUGUCUGCGGAGUCUGGUUUUCAUGAUGCUUUGGUUGAAAUCUUGGUUUCCUGCAACACACCAACUUAUCUGGGACCAUCUGAUCUAACGCCUUUGCAUGCUGCAAUAAUUAACAGACAUAUCGAUUGCGCCAGAUCAUUAUGGGAACGGAAUAGAUGUUUAUGUGAAGAAGGUGACACAUGGGGCUGGAAUUCACUGCACUAUGCCGUUAAACUAGGCUUGAAAGAAGUAGUAUCUCAUAUGCUGGCCUGGAAAAAAUCCUUAGCCUACCUUCCAGCAGGCAGUGAAACUGACUGGACAACUACAUUUCACAUCGCAGCCAAGGAAGGUUAUGUAGACAUGAUGGAAGAGUUGCUAAGUCACUGCCCUGAUUGCUGGGAAAUGCUUGACAGCAGAGACCAGAAUGCCCUUCAUGUUUCCAUAUUGAGCAAUCAAGUCGAGGCAACCAAAUUCCUAAUAUCAGUCCCUGAAUUUUAUAAACUUAUUGAUGAGUCAGAUAAUGAUGGCAACACUCCUCUCCAUUUGCUUGCUGCUUCUGGGAACUAUGUCUCAGAAUUAGUAAACCAUCCCAAAGCAAUGAUGAUGACGUUCAGCAAAGAAUUGUCACCAAAUGAGAUGGAUUUGAAGGACCAACCAAAGCAACCGGGGGAGGAGGAGAAAGUCGUGAAGGAGAAAAAUGAAGGGCGGAUCAAAGAAACUAUAAUGGCCACUCAGAUACAUGUAAUUGUGGCUACUUUAGUAGUUACAAUCACUUUCACAGCUGGUCUUACGUUACCAGGAGGUUUUGAAAGCAAUCUGGGCCCUAACCAAGGGAUGGCAAUUUUAAUAAGAAAAGCAGCUUUCCAAGCAUUUGUUGUUACGGAUGCCAUUGCCUUUGUAUGCUCCGUCGGUGCUGUAUUCAGCUACUUCGCUAUGGCAGCAAAUGCUGCAUUUUUCCAACGUGUGAUUGCUGAUGAUUGUCUUUAUAUGCUCGCUACUGGUUUGCAGCUUUUCGGUAUGGCAUCACUUGUAAUUGCGUUUAUAACUGGUCUGUAUGCUACUUUAGUACAUUCAGUUGCUCUUGCCAUUGCUGUGUGUGUCAUCGGUUGCAUCUCUUUUCCUGUCUACGGCGUCAUGCUGUAUUUCUCUUUCGAUUGGAAAGUUUUGCGCCCGUUAUUUGGGCUCUGAAGUACUACGGAUGAAUGUAAACUAGUACUGUAUAAUAUUAAUGGGUCGCUACGGCCUGUUGCACUGGUGCUUGUUAAAUUAAUUAAGCCUUUCAGUUAGUUCGCUACAAAUAGUUUCCACAAUUUUUUUAGGUAGGUUGUCACUGAAGAAUGACUUUUAUUGGUGACCAUUACAAUUUACAAAUCAGCAGAAGCAGCGAAAGAGUUCUUGAAAAAUCUAUGUCUGAAAGAGGGCAUUUGCUAUUUAUCCAAUCUAAAGCACCCCACUGUCUCCUUAGGAAGAUUACCAGGAUUGAAGAUAUACAAAUUCUCCCCGUUAGCACCAUUCUUAGCCAAGAUAUCUUUGAUUUGAUUUCCUUCCCUAGGGCAAUGGUUUAUGGAGAUAUUACCUUGACAUAUGACUGCCUUCACUUCAUUAAUAAUCGAUUGUAAGUGCCAUGGACAAGUUGCUUUCCCUUUGAAGCAUCUGGAUAAUCAACAUUGAGUCUUCUUCAAGGAUAACAUUGUUGUAACCACUAUUUUUGUACCAUAGAAUCCCUAUAUGGCAAUAUUGUUAGUCCCAUCUUGAAGCGCAAAAGCCAUCACCAUGUUGCCCUCUUGGUCUCUAAGAAUUACACCAGCCCCUGUUCUUCCAUCUACAAAUCGACCCCCAUCAGUAUUUACCUUUAUUUGACAAUGUGGAGGGCUUUUCCAAUGAA